UCACAGGUGUUAUCACUACGCCUGUUAUUGACAUGCAGAAAUUAUGGCGACUUGGAAGUACCGCUAAACUCGUGUAGUGUAUACUCUACGGAUUUUAUCUGUUUUAUGCACGGAUUUUGUGUGAAACAUUUGUGAAAGUGUUAACAUUCUGUUUUCUUGGGAUAUAGGAAGUUUUGUGGACAGCAGUGAGCAGAGACUAUGUAACCCUAUACAAGACAUAUAAAUAAACAUCAAACAAUGGAUGACUCCGGGCCAUCCUUCCCCCAUGGUGGACAUGCCCCUCCCCAGCAUUGGUUUGACACAUGGGAUAACCGUGGCAAUCAAAACACAUCAUCAACAGCCUUAUCUGCCAAAGGUCUCCGCAACGCACCCGGAGAGAACAACUGCUUCCUUAAUAGUGCUGUCCAGGUUUUUUGGCACUUGGACGUGUUUCGGAGAAGUUACAGACGCCUCACAGGACAUCUGUGUAUGGGCAACUCCUGUAUAUUUUGUGCUCUCAAGGUGAUAUUUACCCAGUUCCAGUACAGUGACCAGGCCUCUCUACCCCCUGAUGCACUACGUAAGGCUCUGGCCGAGUCCUUCAUCAACCAGCAGCGCUUCCAGCUAGGACACAUGGACGAUGCUGCUGAAUGCUUUGAGAAUAUCUUACGGCGCAUUCACUUCCACAUCGCAAACGCCUACAGCGAGGAUGCAUGUCAGGCCCCCCACUGCUUGCCCCACCAGAAAUUUGCCAUGACCGUUUUCGAUCAGAUUGUGUGUAUUUGCGGUGCAAGCUCGGACCCUUUAACCUUCCAUGAAUUGGUGCACUAUAUAUCCACAAGUGCAUUAGUGUCCCAGUGCAGAUCAAUGCAUGAAACAGGUGAUAUCCUGCAUCCCGACAGAUUUGGCCUGUUGCUAAGGAACGCAGGUGCUGUUGGUGAUAUUCGUGACUGCCCGAAUUCCUGUGGCAAGCGAGUUCAGAUCAGAAGAACUUUGCUGAAUUGUCCUGAUGUUGUGAGCAUCGGUCUAGUUUGGGAGACAGACAGGCCUAACACAGACAUGAUCAGUGACGUGGUCCAGAGUAUUGGCACUACCAUACUCCUUCAAGAUGUGUUUCACUCAGUUAUGGUCAAAGGAAUGAAGGAUGUUUCCAAGUUGCCUAAACUACAGUUGUCUGCCCUUGUCUGUUACUAUGGAAAGCAUUAUUCCACCUUUGUCUUCCACACUAAGCUGAAUGCUUGGAUCUAUUUUGAUGAUGCUACAGUACGACAGGUGGGACCCAGUUGGGACGAUGUUGUUGAGAAAUGUUGUAAGGGCCAUUACCAGCCAUUGCUGUUGUUGUAUACCAACCCUAAUGCGAGCCCCAUAGCCACAGAAACAGCCCCGAAAAAGAGGGUCAUGGCCCCUGGAUUUUCCACCCCUGUAAAAGUUCCUGCUGAGAAAAAAACAGAGUGUCGGCAUGAUGGAGUGAGACGGUCUAUAACGCCCAAUCCUGACGGACCCAGGGCUGCGGUCGCAAAUAGCAGACGCUCAACAACGCCCAACCCUCCAAAUGCUGCAGAGCCUAUCUCCUCCGACACAGAACCUGGUGUUACCAAAAAACAGGUAGAGCACCAUCGCCAACACAGCUUCCUCAUCGCAGUCACAGGAAAGACUGGGCGAGCAGCGGAGCAGAAUAAAUCAGAGUAUGCCGUUCCUAUGAACAACACUGCUGUAAAGCAUCGUCUUCCCGGAGGUCAAGGUCAAACAUCAGCUUCUGAGCAGAGAAGUUCAGGGAGAAAGCAUCGACCCAGUGACCUACAGUUGCCAAGACCAGAGGAUUCAGUAGAUGACUACAACUAUACCCUAUCCACACGGGACCAAUACCGUCGUCCAUCCAUCAGCAGUCCCGAUCACACUGGCAAGCCACUGACCCCUAACUUCUCCCGUGGGGAGGUACCACCCAGGAAGGAUAGCUUCAAGAAAGGCAAGGAUAAGGUUCCUGUUGAUGUGAUUAGGUACCAGGUUCCCCGCACCUCCUCCACUUCCUCAGACUCUGACUCAGUUGGACACAGUGAUCACAGCCCAGCAAACUCCAAACCUGGCUCCAACCAGUCAGCAGCUCCAGUCCUCCCUCCUAAACAUAGACGAACACGGUCCAUUUGUCAUGAAGAUGCUCCUCAAAAUCUCUCUGCCGACCAUAUAGAUAUGCGCCAACAUGUUGUCAUGAAACCCAAACCUAGCGCAGGACACAACUAUGAAAACAUAGAAAACAUUGCCCACACUCCUGUACAGUCAGGCCUUGCUACACUUCCUAGAAACAAGAAAGGCAAGUCAGCCCAACAGAUGCCACAGGGGGACAAAGCUUCACGUCCCUCACUACACAACCGACAGGGUACUCAGGCCCAACCUGGACAGAUGGAUAGAGUCUUCCACUCCAGGCAGAACUCUGUUAGUGGGCAAUCUGCCCAUAGUCGAGAAAGUUCAACUCAUACUUUGACAGAUGACCGGCACUCUAGACAGAGCUCGAUGGUUAGUCAAAUUUCGGAAGCAAUGAGCUCGGCAUCACAGCAGCAGGGAAAUACCCACGCUGAUAAACCAAGUAGUCAGUCACCUCCAGACAGUCACUCUAGGAAGGAGCAGACAAAACCAAGUGUUCCUAUCAACAAGCCGCCUAAACCUGCCAAACCAGAAAAGAAGCCAACUGUAUCUCAGAAGAAGACCCCCAAUCCUCCACCUCCUCCUACACGAAAGUCUGAGCUCCGGGACAACAGGGAGGACAAAAUAAACUAUAUCAACAGGAACAUGGUGGAGAGUGUGCUACAUUAUCAAAGCCAGAAACUGACGAGGCAGGGCUCCAAUAUCAGCAGUGUCAGUCAAAGUAGCAAUACCAGUUUCGACUCAGACAAUUCAAGUGUGAGGAGUCACAAAGACAGCACCACUGAGAUCCUGUUUGACACGCUGUCCCUAGAUUCGGCCCAACGAGACUCUGGGUAUGGCAGCAGUGACAGGAACAGCUCCAGUUCCACAGGGAGUACAACCCUUGACCCCUACGCACAGUACUUCAUGAGUAAGAGCAUGAUUCCACCUAAAAAUAUCAACCCACAUGGCGUGGCUGAGAAUUUGAAGAAGUUCAUCAACCAUGGGUAUGAGGGAGACAGGAAUUAUGGCCCUACUACCUACACUGUUGGGUCUGUACAGCAUGGAAGUCAGGCCACUGUCCAGCAGACUGGUCAACAGUACCCUCCUCCUGAUGAUAAGUACAACCCAGAUCUUAACUAUGGCCACUCCAAAACAGGUGUAGAGACAGGAAAAUCUCUGUACCCAGUCGUGGACAACAGUCACAUGUCAGUCCAACCUACUGACCAGAAUGUGGAGAGAAAACCGCUGUAUGAUCCGGCCAUCGUCAAGUCCCACACCCAGGGAAAAGGUAACCAAGUGUACCCUGUGACCCAGAAAAUGAUGCCUCAGGAGGUAAAGUCUGCACCAGGAAACAAGUCUGGCCCAGAGGGGUUUGGCAGAGUCCCUAACCAGAAGUCGGAAAAGCCUUCCAUGUAUCAUGAAGGAGCAGACGAGUAUAUGAAAUUCUGCCAAAAAGCUGAAGAGUUAAUGGACCAGUGUGUUUUGGUGGAGACAUCAGAGAAUGGCUCCAUGGCUCUCAACUACUGUAACGCCGCCAUAGACUGUCUGAAGCAGGCGAUGCGCAUCAACUCCUUAUCCCAGCAGUCCUUUGUGUCCGCACAGAAGAUGCACAACUCGUGUGUCCUCAAGUCACGCAGUCUCCAGAAGAAAUUCUUGGUUCGACAGGAAUCUAUGUCAUCCACCACAAGUUCUGACAGUGCACGUUCAUCUCCCUGUCCAAUAAGUGUCUCAUCUGAUCAUUCCAGUUCGUCAUCCCACUCUUACGGGGAAAAUUGUGUUCAACAAAAUGUGCUAAUCUCAAAACUGCAACAAAACAGUAUCCACUCACGCUCUAGUUCUCGAGACUCUGUAGAUAGUGUGAUAGAAAAUAAAAACUACCGCAAGGAAAACAGGACUAUUGUUAAACCCGAAAAACCUUGUAGUGAAUCAACUUCCAAUUCUAGUCUUAAUUCUAAUGAAAGGACUUCUUAUAAUCAGUAUGAGAGUGAUCCGACUGCAGAUAUGUAUGCAACGCUACCCCGCAAGGGGACACGGCGGAGUCAGAAGGGUUCUGUUUCAUCCAAUUCAGAAUCAGAGGUAUACAAAGACUUUCUAAACAAGCAAAGGUCCGUGAAUGGUAACGGAAAUCCUAAUGGGAGGACAGCUUCCUCUGGAUCCAUAACACCGACACCUAAUGAUAGCUGUUUUGAUACGGACUCCAGUCUCACAGACGGAAACGACCUCCAUUACAAGAUGCAAGUUCCCUCUCAGCAGCAAGUCAAGGCAAACCGAGCAGAAAUAAGGCAGCUUCCUCAUAACAACAAUGGUUCUGGUUCCUACAACCCCCAGGGGUAUUACCCCUCAGGAUACACAUCAUCACGGCAUCAGGACUCUCAGCAAUCAUACCCUCACCCCCAGUCAGCUCAUCCUACACAGCAUCAGCAUGAGGUUUGUAAAACAAGUGCACCCUCUCAGCAAAUAACAUCAGCUAACCCUGUGCUGCCACCAAAGCCAGGAAAAGCCACCAAUCUGGUCACCCAGUCUGCCAAGUCUACAUCAGACCUAGGCUCACGGGAGGCCAGUCCUCGCCCUGUCGAAGGGAUGAUGAAAUGGGUGAGAUCAACAUCACAUUCAACUCCACGGUCAGUAAAGAAUAAGUCCAAACAAAAUAGUGUAGCUCGUCAAUCGAGCUUCACAGGCAACACCCAGCAACAGUCUGGACAAGGGCGCUCCCACCAGUCAACAGUCUCCAUGGCCAACCCACAGUGCAACCUUCAGCCUCAGCAGCGUCUAGUGGACAAUUCCUCUCCACAUUGUAACCUCACAGACUGCUCUAACACUGAGGCACAAAGCGCUGGAUUCACCCGUGAACAAGUUCCCUCCACAAUCUCUCACACACCUGACCAUCGGCAGGGAUGUGGAGAACAUUACGGUGAGAACCAGAUUACUUCACGUCAGUCAGCGACGACGACACAGUGUACAAACGCUGACGAGGGCUGCUCAGAACCGGAGGAGUUCCGACCCAGUGUCAGUGUUAGAGACCUAGCUUCCCGGUUUGAAGGCAGCCGAUCUAAUGGAACAUCAUGUUCCAAUUCUAGGGAUCACCAACAGGACAAUGCCCAACUCCCUCCCUCCGGAAAUUUAGGGCGCCAACGUAGUAAAUCUGAAUCAGAUUUUAGGACUUUGGAUGUGAAGCCAAAAUCUGUGUUAUCCCGUAACAAACAGAAAAAUAAAGUCAAUAGAAUGAAGAAGUCUGUGACGUUUAAUGACAAUGUUGCUUUAGUGGACCUGAUGGACAUGUUUGCUCCACCAGAGGGAGCUCCUGGCUAUAAUGACAAUAAUUCGGGCUAUGUGAGUGACCAGGAGGAGCGAUAUGAUACAACCGUUAGGUCGUAUUCAGACAACGAACUGGAUGAUGAUGAUGAUGACAGUGUGGACUCCCCGACAGAAAUUGCUCCGGGAGAAGUUUCGUGUAGUCUUUGUGGCAAACAUGGGGCACAGAAUGGUGGACAAUAUUGUGAAAAAUGCCACCAUUAUCUCGGCCAAUUUCAGCAGAGACGUUGUUAGUACCUGUGUUGGUAGCAUCCUCGUUGUUUUUACCGACGUUUGUUUAUGGGACAAAGAGACUGCUUGUUGUUGUUUUUGUUGUUUUUGGAGGACUUUUCCUCAGCUAUCCACUGCCAUUUUCUAGUGCUGCUAUAUGAUGACAUAUUGUCAAGAACAAUAACUGUCUCAAAGACCAGUAGGGACUUCUACAGCCAAAAGGCGACUAAUAAAGGUACAUAACCAUAUGUACAAUGUUAUACGUAUUAGUAAACAAUCAGUUUCCUUAAAGGAAAAUUUUAUAUAUAUAUAAGGAAAUAUCUGUCAUUUGGAGAAACAAUUGAGAAGAUUACAGAUUGAGCUAGUCACAUUGUUAGUUGUUACUGGUUUUGUUAACUAUAUAUAAUAAUCAGUAUGAAUACACUUGUUUUUGUUGAUAUGUGUUUUUAAUUCUACAACGUAAAGAAUUAUCCCAUUCUUUCCAAAAAGGUUUUAUUUUUUUUUGUUAAAUUUGAAAACAUUUGGUAAUUCCUGUAUGGUAUAACCAUGUAUUUUGUAUCAUUGUCAAAUUUAGAUUUUUUUAAUUUGAUCAUAAUGAUAAGAGGAGAAUUUUCAAACACUGUUGAGCAAUAACAAGGUACCCAUUAGUCCCCUACCACCACGGUCAAAGUGCUGUGUACAUACUGAUGUAGUGUUGAUAUUAGACUGAUAUUGUACAUCGACUGUGAUACCAUAUGUUCCUGUAUAAAUAAUUAAAAACAUAUAAUGAAACAGGGUUUUAUUGAAUAUAAGUUUUAACUUUUAUGGUCAAACUUAAAACAUACCAUACAAUGAAAUUAUACAACUGUUAUCAUAAUAAAAAAAAAUAUUUAUAAUCAAAAUAAAUUUUUAAAAAUCAACAUUCCAAGAUGUUGUUAUAAAGUUUUAAAAGCUGCAUUUUAAUGAUUGAAUAACAUUUUUAUAUGUUUCUUGUUAAAAAUAUUGCAUUUUCAACGAGAUUGAAAUAUGUUUUACAAAUAUAGGAAAAUAAAUACUGCCAUUUCAAUGUAUAUAAUGUAUGUUUAAUUGUAAAUACAUGUCAAGUUAAGAUGUACAGCUAAGAUUGAUCUCAAUGUUAUAGGUAUGGCUACCAUACCUAUUAAUAACGUGUGAAUAAACGUGUUUUUAUAAUUCAUCAUUUCUGAUAAAGCAUUAUCACUAUAUGUAUGUAUGUUCUGUCCAUUAUUCAUGUGAAGUAUAACUUCAUCCAUCCAUUCAAAUACAUAUCAUAUUUUAUAAAUACAAUGAAAAAUAAAAAUAUAAA